GUCGUUCCAGCUCACGGUUACAAAAAUCCUGCCUCGUUCUCUCUGAUUUGCCACUGUUCGGCGGCGACUACAACUCCGGGAAGAAUGGAAGUGGUUGGAGUUUUGGUCGAAGCUUUUUCUUUGCGGUCAAUGGACACCAUCAAAACAUGCUUUAUUUGGCUUCUUAGGGCGGGAUGGGUAGCCGGGACUCUUCCUAUCCUCAUCGCUUCACUCCCUUCUUCACGUCUCGGUUCAUUUCAUACCCUUUUACUUGGAUUUGCCAAGAGGGGAAAGAUUAUGCCAUCUUCAUCCCAUAAGUACACAGUUCCUCAGAGUUUCUUUCUACACUUUUAUUUGUUGGCUGUGGUUUGGACAACAGUGUUGUUAAUGGGAAUUUGGUGGUUUGCAUACGAAGUUGCUCCUUUAAGUGUUGAGUCAUUGAGCUACUCUGCUGCUGCUAGUCACUUAACUGGAGGGUUUCAUGUUUUUUCCUUGCACAAGUCUUGGUUUGCCUCGGCUGAAGACAGAUUCAAUGUUUGGAAGUCUGUGUUCUUGCUGUUGUUGAUGGAAAUUCAUGUCCUGAGGCGCCUUUAUGAGACGCUUUUUGUUUUCAACUACAGCUCAUCUGCUCGAAUGCACAUUUUUGGAUACUUCACUGGCAUUUGUUUUUAUAUAGCAGCACCUUUGUCACUCUGUACAUUUUGUGCACUAGAGGUCGUUAAUUUUGCAGCUGAUCAAGUGGCUGAAUUUAAGGUCGAAGGGCAAGAAAUGCUGUCAUUUACAGAUUUUGAUUUGUGGGGAUAUGUCAAGCCUAUCACAAGGCUUGGAUGGUGCCAAUGGGCUGGUGCUGCUAUAUUUGCUUGGGGAUGGUUCCAUCAAUAUUGUUGUCAUGCAAUUCUUGGUUCACUUAGAGGACAUAGAGAUCAAACAGUUGAAUAUGAGAUUCCACGUGGUGAUUGGUUCAACAUCGUCUCAAGUCCACACUAUCUGGCUGAGAUGAUAAUAUAUGUCGGUCUGUUGGUUGCAAGUGGAGGAACUGACUUCACUAUAUGGCUACUCCUUGGAUUUGUGGUGGCUAAUCUUGCAUUUGCUGCAGCAGAAACUCACCGGUGGUACCUCCAGAAGUUUGAGGACUAUCCACCUGACCGGUGGGCCGUUCUUCCAUUUGUUUAUUAGUUCCCAAGAUUUAAAGUUUUUUAUAAUUUUGUAAACCAGUUAGCUCUAGCAUAGUCUGUAAUUCCUUUUUCUUUGAUAACCAAAAGUUACUGAAAUGUAUAGAUGGUUAUGUUCUUUGCAUUAACUGGAAAAAGAAUUCCUACCAUUUUCCCAACCCAAAGGAAAGAGAAGCGGUGUUUAACAUUA